CCGAUCCUGGGUUGCAAAGGCCACAGGGUGGAUAGUUCUCGGGUUAGGGGAGCAGAGCCAAAACCUCAGUUUGCAGGCGGGCCGAUCCCGGGCAGGGCCAGGGCGGAAUGGGCUGAGCCGGGGAGGAAGAAUGGCCCGCCAGCCGGGUCCAGAGCUCCCUUAGGCAAUCUUCUGGGAUCCCACGGCCAGAUCAGGAAUUCCCAGUCCCGGCCACAAGACAACACGCAGCUGACCCGCGGUGAGGUGCGUGGAGAUCGCGAGCGCUAGCUACACAGCUCCCUAGCUCCCUCUCUCCCAGGAUUUCCUCGCGUGGCCGCUUGCCGGGCGCACACGCGCCCACGCCCUCCUCGGGCUCCCCCGCCCCCGCGCUCCCCGCCUCCGCCUCCUUUUUGCCUUCCUCGGUCUUCCCCAGGACAGCGGUGGAGCCGGCUAAGGUUGCAGGUAGGGUGCCGAGCUAGCCCAGCCUGCCGCCUGCCGUCUGACACCCGCCCAGGCGCAUCCUCUCCCGAGCUGCCGCCGCUGCCGCACAGAUCCCAGGGGAUUCUAUGAGGAAGCAUCCAACAUGCAUCUGAAAAAAUACCUGGUGAAAUGCUUGCACCGCCUUCAGAAAGGGCCAGGCUAUACCUACAAGGAACUUCUGGUCUGGUACUGUGACAACACCAACACUCAUGGACCCAAACGCAUCAUCUGUGAGGGGCCUAAGAAGCAGGUGAUGUGGUUUAUCCUCACCUUGCUAUUUGCCUCCCUUGUCUUGUGGCAGUGGAGCAUCUUCAUUCAGACUUACCUCAGCUGGGAGGUCAGCGUGACCCUCGCCAUUGGCUUCAAAACCAUGGAAUUCCCAGCAGUUACAAUCUGCAAUGCCAGCCCUUUCCGGUAUUCUAAGGUAAAGCAUCUUCUGAAGGAUCUGGAUGACCUGAUGGAAGCUGCUCUAAAGACUAUUCUAACACUCGAGUCUGGUCCUGGCCAUGCUAAUUACACAGAAAAUCUGAACUUGACCAUCUGGAACCACACGCCCCUGGUGGUAAUUGAUAAACGAGACCCCGACCACCCUGUCAUCUUGGACCUUUUUGCCUUUGGUCAUAAUAAUUCUAAGGCAAUCUCCCCAUCUCCACAUGGGAACUGUGAUGCCCAGAAGUGCAGAGUCGCCAUGAGGCUGUGCAGUCAAAAUGGCACCAUGUGCACCUAUCGGAACUUCACCAGUGCUGCCCAGGCAAUGAAAGAAUGGUACGUCCUGCAGUCCACCAGCAUCCUCUCUGAGGUGCCUCUGAAAGAGAGGAUCCAGAUGGGCUACCCAGCAAAGCAGAUGAUCCUGGCCUGCCUAUUUGGGGCAGAACCUUGCAAUCACAGGAACUUCACUCCAGUAUUUCACCCAGACUACGGCAACUGCUAUGUCUUCAACUGGGGCAUGAAGGAAAAAGCCCUGCUCUCCUCCAACCCUGGAACUGAGUUUGGCCUGAAAUUAAUCCUGGACAUCGACCAACAGGAUUAUGUCCACUAUCUCACCUCCACGGCUGGUGUCAGACUGAUGCUCCAUGAGCAAAAGGCCUACCCUUUUCUCAAAGAUGGGGGAAUCUACGCCAUGCCAGGAACAGAAACCUCCAUUGGUGUGCUGGUAGAUAAACUGGAGCGGAUAGGCGAGCCCUAUAGCCACUGCACCAUCAAUGGAUCCGAUGUUCAGGUCCCCAACCUCUACAAUGAAUUUAAUACCUCCUACUCCAUACAGGCCUGCCUUCGAUCCUGCUUCCAAGAACACAUGAUUCGCAACUGCUCCUGCGGUCAUUACCUGUAUCCUCUUCCUAAGGGGAAAAAAUAUUGCAACAACCAAGACUUUCCUGACUGGGCAUACUGCUACUCAGCCCUUCGAAUGAGUGUGGAACAUAGAGAAAACUGCAUCAGCCUCUGUAAGGAGUCCUGCAAUGAUACACAGUACAAGAUGACUAUCUCCAUGGCUGACUGGCCAUCUGAGGCCUCUGAGGACUGGAUUUUCCAUGUUUUGUCUUAUGAACGUGAUCAAACAAACAACCUGACUAUAGACAGGAAAGGAAUUGUCAAGCUCAACAUUUACUUCCAAGAAUUCAACUUUCGGACAUUUGCCGAGUCAGCAGCAAACAAUGUGGUAUGGUUACUCUCCAGCCUGGGUGGCCAGUUCGGGUUCUGGAUGGGCGGCUCCGUACUGUGCAUCAUCGAGUUUGGGGAGAUCAUCAUCGACUGUGUCUGGAUCACCAUCAUCAAACUGGUGGCCUGGGUCAAGGGCCUGAAGCAGCGGCGGGCCCAGGCUCGCUACGAGGGUCCCCCACCCACAGUGGCAGAGCUGGUGGAGGCCCACACCAACUUUGGCUUCCAACAUGAUAUCGAACAUGACACUAAUCCCCCUCCGGUCCCUGAGGACUACCCAGAUGAGCAAGCCCUGCCCAUCCCAGGCACUCCACCUCCCAACUAUGAUUCCUUGCGCCUACAGCCCCUCGAUGUCAUUGAAUCAGAUAAUGAGGGGGAGGCCAUUUAGGCUCUGGACUUUAUCUUACAAUAUCCUGUGGAUGGUGGGUAAGGCCAUUGUGAUGUAAAAAGAAGAAAACAACUUCAAAUGCUCCAUUGGGGAUUUUUCACUGCCUACAACCCUCAUGCUGGACAGAACAGGCUCAUGGGUCUUUUCCUGAAUAUCUUUACCCUGCUGUUGAGCCUAGAAUUCACCAGCUCCCUAUUCAUUUACAAAGAACCUUCAUUUGUUCCUUUGUUUCACUUCCUUCAUACACACUAGGCUGAAAUCCAUACCCAUCUAGAGAAAUCUGAGAAUGUGAUAAUUUAUGGGAGCCUUCAGACCUCUAGAAAAAUAGCACAUGGCUCUGAAGAUUCAAAUAAUUGAUGGGAUUGUAGAUUUAGCACUAGGAGGGUCCUUAAAGACCAUUUAGCCCAAUUAUCUCAUUUUAUGGAUGAGGAAACUGAGACCUAGGGAGGUUAAGUAAAUGGCAUAGCUGGAAUUUACCCAUUGUUCUUUCUAUGGCAUCAAGAUAAUCAGACUUCUGACCCUGACAUUGCAAGUGAGCUCAGCUCAGAAAGAGCAAGGUAAUCUGGACCCUAAUCCUAUGCUUUAGUAUAACCUUAAUGUUCAGCCCUGUCAAACAGCCCUGGCCAGUAAGCCAUCCUGUCAUAAGAGUCAUCCCUGGAUUAGAAGUACCAGGCCAGGACCUAGAGGGCCCUGGAGGAGGAAGCCAGUUCAUUCCUUAUUCUUUGAAGCCUUUUUUUUUUUACCUGUCAGGGUGUUGUGUGCCCCCCAGCAAGAGGCAGGAUCUCUAUUUUUAUUCAGCAAGUGAAAAAAAUAGAAGCUAGUAGUGAUCCCAUCAAAUUCUGGCUGCUCUACCUCAUCAGAACACCUCUACCCAAGUUCCCAGAAUCAGUUUUCUCAUCCACAUCCAAUGACUUGUCAGCCUGGAGUCUGGAUAAAGAGAGAUCAGUGAGCUGUAUGUGUGACAACUUGUUUAUUCAGAAUUUUAAAAGUGAUGAUUUUGUGUUUCUAAAGUGACUGGCAGCUUUGCAUUGGCUUAGUGAGUAUGUACAUGAGGUGUCCAAGGCCCUGAUUUGGAGAACUUGGAGUGGUUGAAAACACACAGGAUUUACAAUAAUAAUUGAGUUUGUGUUUAGCAGAGUGAGGACAUCUCUCGGUCUCUUUAUCUCCUUUUCUCUCUCAUUCUACCAAUGCAGCUCAGCACCUGUUCUGCAAUUUUCAAUUUAAAAAUCUUAAGAGUUUCCUGGAACAAUGGGAGAUUUGGAUGACAGCACGAGUAGGAGGGUCACCAGCAGAACUUGAACUCAAGUCUGUCAAAAAUUAAAAUUAACUUUUUUUAGAUUAAGUGACUUCCUCAGGGUUACAUAGUUAGCAAGCAUCUCGAGUCAGGUUUGAACUCAGGUUCCCCUAAUUCUAGAGCCAUUGUUCCAUCCACAGUGACACAGAGCCUCCUGUUCCCUUUGAGCUAAUUUUCAAUCUAAAAUACUAUAUUGCCUUUCUUUCUUCUCUAAUGAGUAAGAGGGGAAAAAAACAACAGUAACUCAAACUUUGUCCUGUGCCAUUGCGGUGCCAAUAGGAUUUGCCAGAGCAAUAUCUAAUACUGAAAAGGCUAAAUUCUUUCCUGGACUGCUUCAUUCAUAUGGCUUCCUGCAGGCCAAAAUUAUGUUCAGCAAGGACACAGGGGCUUUUAAAUAUCAUAAAGUUCCAUUCAUGGGGCUUAUAAUUCUAUGAUUCAGGGAUUGCCCCUGAGGUAAAAAAAAAAAAAAAUUAAUUGUCCCAAGUUUUUUAGGAACAAUAACUUGACCCUAUAUUUCCCUAAUAGCUCCCAGGGCAAGAAGAAAAGUGACAGUUUUCCUGGAUGGGCUCCACUUUAUACAUUUAUACCAGCACAUACCAGUUAAUCUCUCCUGGAAACAAAUACACAUCUCCCAUACAGUGCCCUAGUAGAGGGGUGCACCUGUUCACCUUGUCCCCUCCAUCAUCACUGAUACAAACACCAGCUGGCAUGACCCAAAUGGAUUGGCUGAAAAUGAGUAAUAAAGGACAGCUCCAGGUGGAAAGAGCCAACUGAAAGCUAUUCUUCCCCAUUGGGCAGUGUGGUCCCAAAAAUGCCACCUGGACCCAGAGCUUCUCCCAAUAUCACAGGCUAGUUGAUCUCCAACUAAAACUACCUUGCCCUUUCCCCAGAGCCUAACUAGGGGAAGGAGCAUAUCAGAACUUCAUCCUAGGCCAGAGAAUUUAAGGAUGUGGCAGCACUGCCUCCUGGUGUACUCAUCCCUCUUUCCUCAAACAGCAGAGAACUUAUCCUAGUGUCUUUCUCCUAGUUCAAGGAGCACAUAUGUCCCCAGCAAUUUCAUACCUGGCCCUUUUUUUUACCAGGAGUAACUUUGGCCAUUUCUUCUCUCCUAAGAGAAACCAGUUCUUAAAUAAUAUAAGAACCUCUGAUAUCUCUAGUACAGGCUUCUCUCUCCAAACCCCCGAUUGAAAUCCAAGUGAGCCUUCCCAUGCCCUUGCCCCAGACACAAAAAUUGCUAGUUAGAACUCUGCUUUUCUCCUUUUCCCUCUUACUCUCAGAGUUGAGGGGGUUCUAGUGAGGGAAUCUUAUAAUAUAAAAGACUUUGUACACACACACACACAAACACACACAAUUACCUGCCUCAGCCAAAGACCUCUAACAAACUGACCCCUAAUCUAGCAGACAUUUCUCAAAGAUGUGUCAUUUAUCAUCACUAUCACCAUCACCACCAUCUUCUAUUGGUAUGGAGUACUCUACUUUUCCUAGCAUUGUUGUCUCUAUCACCUCACUUUGUCUUCAACAACUUUGUUAGGCAGGGAUGGGAUCAUUAUCCCAACUAUGAAAAUGUGGAUAGACUCAUCUCCACUGUUGAGACCCUGCCAGUGGUAAGUCAAUGCCAUCACUGAAUAUGUAGAAGAGGACAUUGUCUUAAUUACUACCUAAAGCUCAUUAAACAGAAGAGACUUGCCUCAUUCACACUGGGGAUGAGAUUGGCUCCCACUUUUUGCUUGAAUGACAGUGUCAAAAGCAGAGCUAACCUGAGAAUGAGAAGGAUGAGGGAUUUCAUUUUGGGUAAAGUUUUAAUUUUAACCCACCUUCUUUUCUACAACUCUUUUUGAUUCUUUCUCUCAUUGGGGUCAUCAUCCAGAGCCUCAACACCCCUAGACCCUUCUCUUUAGACUUGAUUGUUUCUUCUUAGUCUAACAUCAUUGUAAUAGUGAUCAUUUCUUUACUGAAUCCAAACUCAAUUGUUUCUGUAACCAACAAGCCUGAGAGCAUCUCUUUAUAUCCACAGUGAACCUCAGGAAGUGAUUUUCCUGAAGUCCCCUAUCCUUCUCAUUCUCAGGGCCACAAAGAAAACAUUAAAAGCAGCAAUAGGAGAAAGAAAUAGAGAAGAGAGAAAUCUUGGAGUGAAUGAGCCUAAAAUGUGCUACUCAAGAAGGAAAAUGUAGCUCACGAAGUGAGAAAAGAAUAUUCUGAGUAAUGGAAGGCCAAGGAUGACAGGGAUGAAACCCAGCCUUCUCCUUUUACAGAGGAGGAAACGAACCUCAAGUUAAAUUUCUCAGAAUCACAUAGAGUCAGGAUCUGAACCCAGUUAAAGCAUUCCUUCAGGGUACCACCCUGACUGUAGAGCAAAGGGAUUCUUAAUUUUUGAUCUUUGAACUUUUUUCAUAUUUUUAUAACUAUAUUUCAAUGUAAUUGGUUUCCUUGGUGUCCUAUGUAAUUUAUUUUAAGUACUUAGUUAUAGUAUUUUGAGAGGGGGGGUCCAUAGACCCCCUUAUACUGCCAAAGGCAUUUAUGACACACAAAAAGUUAAGAACUUUUGGGAAUUUCUGCCAGGAAAACACAAAAGUCAAAUGGUUGAGCCCAAUGGGUCCAUAGAAUUUUUAUCUUGAGAUCACAGGAUGAUUUGAGGCUUGUCCAGAAAAAAAAAAAAGGACCAGACUUCUCUGAGAAUCAAAGUUACUAUGGGUAAGAAAGUAGAAGGAUAAACCAACAGGGAUGAACAGUAAGUCCCAAGUAUCAGACUAAUCCAGUAGCCUGUGGAUAAAAGGAGAAUGAAAACUGAGAACCUGAGAGAGAUAAAUUAAUGCUUUAAAUCUCCUUAAAGCCAAGUGAGAGGCAUACUUCAAAUUCACUAAAGCUGCAUAUAUAAUCUGUUCCUUGAGAUUCUCUCUCACUGUAAUAAAGAAAUUUGCACAUUAC